AUAUCUCCCAUGCAUUUUAGUGUGCAAAUAUUACUCACUUAAAUCAAAGUUUUUUCUUCCUUGCUUCCAACACACAGCAAUGUCUGAUUCCGAAUCCGUUGUUCAUUUGGCAUUCCUUCCAAGUGCUGGAAUGGACCACCUUAACCCCUGUCUUAGAACAGCAUCAUUGUUCCUACGCAAAGGUUGUAGAGUCACUCUCAUCACUCCCAAACCCACUGUUUCUCUCGCUGAAUCGAACCUCAUUUCGCGCUUUUGUUCUUCUUUUCCUAACCAAGUCACCCAAAUGGACUUAAACCUUGUUCCUUUGGAUGAUCCAAAGAAUGUUAACACCAACGACCCUUUUUGGCUUCAAUUUGAAACCAUUCGUCGUUCUGUUCACCUUGUAGCUCCUAUACUCUCCUCACACUCACCAACCCUCUCAGCUUUCAUCUUUGAUGUUAGUUUAAUUUCCCCUUUGGUUCCAUUAAUCACCGAGAAACUCUCUUGUCCAUGUUACAUUUACUUUGGUGCACCAGCAAGAAUGUUCGCUUUUUUUGCAUACCUUUCUGUUCUUGCUGCUUCAAAUCCUGGUGCAAAACCUUCUUCAUUCAUUGGUGAUGUUGUUAAAAUCCCCGGCAUUGCAUCACCGAUACCAAGAUCCUCUGUCCCUCCUUUGCUUCUUCAACCCAACUCUCUCUUUGAGAGCAUAUUGAUGGAGGACAGUCCUAAACUCACGAAGCUCAAUGGAGUUUUCAUCAAUACGUUUGAACAAAUAGAACCUGAGGCACUAGCAGCUCUAAAUGAGGGGAAAGUAGUUAAAGGGUUGCCACCUGCGUAUGGUGUUGGUCCCUUAAUGGUUGGUGAGUUUGAGAAGGUAGAUCAAGGGGAUGGGGGAUGCAUGAGUUCCAUAAUGAAGUGGCUUGAUGGACACGCAAAAGGGUCAGUGGUGUAUAUUUGUUUAGGGAAUAAAACUGCAAUAAGAAGGCAGCAAAUAAAGGACGUGGCUUUGGGGUUAAUAGAAUGUGGGUAUAGUUUUUUGUGGGUGGUGAAGUUGAAGGUAGUUGAUAGAGAGGAGGAGGAGGAGGAUUUGGAGGAUGUGUUAGGGAGCGAGUUGAUAAAUAAGGUGAGGGAAAAGGGCAUAGUUGUGAAGGAAUUUGUAAACCAAAUGGAGAUUUUGGGUCACCAUGCAGUUGGGGGUUUUUUGAGUCAUGGUGGUUGGAACUCAUUGGUUGAGGCUGUGUGGCAAGGAGUGCCCAUUCUUUCAUGGGCUCAGUUUGGGGAUCAAAAGAUAGGGUCUGAAGCAAUGAGGGAUGUUGGGGUGGGGGUUUUGCCUGAGGAGUGGGGGUGGGGAGGACAUGAGGUGGUGAAAAGUAAGGACUUUGCUAAGGAAAUCAAAGAGAUGAUGGGCAAUGAAUCUUUGAGGUCCCAAGUUAGAGAAAUGCAGAAGGUUGCUAGGAAGGCUGCUGGGGUUGGCGGAAGUUGUGAGGUUAUUGUUAAGAAACUAAUUGAAGAAUGGAAGAAGAAUGCUUAAAGCACCUGAGGAUUAGGGACUUGUCCACAGGGUGUGUGUUGAGAACAUCUAUAAUGUUAAUAAGCUUUGUUUAAUUUCCCAGCCUUAGAUUAAAAAGAAUAAUAAAUCUUCUCCACUUGCGAAGGCUAUUAAGUUUGUAGUUUUAUUGUUUAUGAUUGUAUUUUCAAUCGGAUAUGGUUUUGUUGAGUGUUUAAUGUAAUUGGCAGUUUGUUGCAUUUGCAUUUUAAAAAAAGGGAAUUUCUCUCGUACCCACGUAAUAGUUUAGGGUGCAUGUCUAUUAAUUUUCUAUAUAUUUAACAACCGACAAAACUGAGACAAAUGUUUUAACGGUACCAUGUAAUAAUAUUUUUAUAAUGUUUUAACGGUGCUUCUAGUGCUGACGUUGUCCACAUGGUUAGAGGAUUUCUUCAAUCUGAUGAUCAAAUCAUUGCUUGCAUGAAUCGUAAAUCUAGACGAUGGUGACAGUUUUGGGAGAGAUAAUUCUAGAAAUGUUUGCUCCUAGACGUUUGAGAUUUGAAAACACUUUAAAAAAAUUAUAAUUAUUAACAUUAAAAUUAACAUAAAUUUAAAAGUAACAACAUCUCCUCUUCGUGUCGCUGAUAGUUGUGCUUACUCUUUCUAGUUGCGAAUUUUGAAGAACCAUGCCAACUGCUACCAUCACUUUGUUAUUGGAUCUUCUCUCUUUACCUUCCUCGUUCCGUGUGGAGAACUAAAAAUGUGAGAACGUGCACAUUUAUGGAUGCGUGGAUGAGUGCGUGCAGUGAUAGAAAAUAAAAGAAAUAAAAAAAUAUAUACAAAAUUCCUAUAAAAGAACUCUUAUUUAAGAGAGAGAAAAAAAACUUCUGUAAUAAGAAAUUAUUGUGUGAUUUCAGUGGAGUACAUGAUCUGACCACGCAUGAGGCAACCAUGCUCAACCCUGAUUUUGACUUUGUAUUUAAAUAGCUAGCAUAUUUGAUAAACUUUCUUUUUAAAAAAUAAAAAAAAAUUACAAUAGCCUUAUUGGUCCCCCAGUUUUAUGGGUUAAGGUCAAGCCAGCACAAGACCAGUGCCUUCAUACAAAACUUGGUUAACUAGAUUUUAUACCACUUAUGAUUAAUACAUUCAGAGACAGAAUUAAAAAUGAAAUAUAUUCUAUCCCUUAUAUUCGUGUUGCAAAUAAGUUAGCAAUAGCAAUUGAUUUAUGUCUCCAAAUUUAUCUGCCUCUAAAUAUUAAUUUUUAUCUCUAACUCGAGAUGAAUUUUCAUCUUUAAGAGAGACAAACUUUAGAUUUAAGGUAUGUCUAAAUUCAUAUCUUAGAUUAUUAUAUUUGUCUUCGUCUCUAAAUCUAAAAUUCUAUAUCUGAAUCUGUCUUUUUAAAUGAAAGAUAUUUUGUCUUUAAAUCAAUAGUUGUUUUUUUUUUUUUCUAAAGUGAAUUUCGUAUCUAAUUUGGUCUCUAAAUCAUCUUUAAUUUGAAAAUAAUUAUUUUUAAUUUUACCUCUAAAUUCAACAAAUUCCUGUAUAUUUUUUAAAAAAUAUUUUGCACAAUGCAAAAUAUAUUUUAGAAUCAUAAACAUUAAAUUCAAAAAGUAAUACAGUUAGAUAAUUAUUCAAAAGAUAUUACAAUUUAAAUACAUAACAUAAUAUAAAGCACUAUUAAAUUCAAGAUGAAAGUGCAAAGUUAAAACUAAUAUUCAUGCUAAAAUUAAUCAAGUGGUUGAGCUAUUAUUUUCUUUACCCAUAUCUUUGUAUUGUUAUGAUAUCUUCUUUUAUAGAUGUAAGUGAUGAUGUUGCAUUAUUAUGCAACAAAACCUUUGAAAUCUUUGCUUCUAUUCCUCCAUUAGUUGGGUUAAUGUGAAUGGGGUUGUUCAAGAAUUCCUUGCUCAAGACACAUUGUUUCAUGUUUGUGCAGAGCUUACAAGUAAGAUCAUUAAUUGGAUUUUUUAGAGUACCUGGUAAGAAGAUGAUGUUGUUCCCAAUAUAAAACCUUUGGGGAAACUACUUCGGUUGAGGGAUGUACUAAUAUCGUUGGUGAACAAUGUUGAAGCUUCAAUUAUUGUCACUGAGCCAAGAAUUAGAGCAACACUACUAGAAAGAAGAAAGACAUUCAAUGCCAUAACUAAGUCUACAGAUUUUCUUCACUUCAAUGAAUAUUAUUAGGUAGCUUGGUCCAUAAAAACAGUGGAACUUAGGGGCACUAUUGAAAACAGAAUUGUCGAAUGUUAUAGGCUGUUAGAUGUGUGCAUGCAUUUGGGUAAUUGUAUGGUAGUGCGUGGUAAGCUAGAAUAAAGUUGUCACGUGUCACAAGUGUCAUAACGUAAGUGGACGGUGGUGUUAAGCAACAGUUAGAUCACCUCGGUUCUAAUAUAUUUGAUGCUAGUCCAAAAUGAUACUAGUGUCCACAAAGAGAUGUCUUAUCUGUGGCAGUAGCUUUUAAAGGUUGAUUAACUUGAGUUUGACCCCAGAUCAAUUUUCUAAGAGAAAAACUCUAACAAAAUCUUAUUCAUCUCCUAUUGAUAUCUUCUUUAACUCAACUAGCUGAUUUUUAUACCAAAGCAUUACCUUCUGCAUCAUUUGAUUCCAUACUAUCUAAGUCCAUUAUACGCCAUAACUCGUGGAAGGUAUUCUCA